AUGGGUUUUCGUUUACCUGGAAGCAAGAAAACAAUAUUUGCAGUCAGUGAAGCGUCUUCAAAAGCAGUGAAUGCACCAAAAGGCUACCUAGCGGUGUAUGUUGGAGAGAAAAUGAAGAGGUUGAUGAUCCCUGUAUCAUACUUGAACCAACCCUCAUUCCAAGACUUGUUGAGUCGAGCUGAAGAAGAGUUUGGAUAUGAGCCUCACAAUUCCUUGCAGCGAAGAUCUCUUCAACCAUAUAAUUUCUUGCUUGAAUGGAUGAUAAGUCUCACAUUUCAGGAGAUUGACUUAGAGUAG